GACAGCUGCACAUCUGUACUGCCAGUGCCAGCCUGAAGAGCCCGCAUGUGGACAGCCAUCUCACUCCUCACGCGGACACCUUGGAUAUAAUGGAGAAUACACAUCAUUGCCCUCAUUUUUUAUUAGAAUACAUUGGGGAUAUGAAAACAUUGCGUAAAUCUUCAUGAUCAUACAUGUUGCUCUGGUGGAUGUUACGAACCUUAUUUAUUACAUUUUCUCUCGUGAAAAAGGUCAAAGGUAACAGUUAACGGUGUCUCUAACGCGAGUUUUCUGUACGUUUCCCUGCGCCUCGGCUUUGGCGAACUGGUCCACUUCCUGCGUCGGGUGAGCCGAUGUCUUCAUUUGACUCCUUGCAGUUGGUGAUGGUGGAUCUUUCUCGGAUAUCCAAUGUGGAAACCAGAAUCCAAUUAGUUUGCGACUGAGCGGCUGGAGAGAGAGCGCAGCGGCACUUUGGCCAGCCAGUCACUCCAGCGCGUAGCCUACUUGUGGGCAGACACAUGGUUGGCUGCUCUGUAUACGAGAAGUCACUCAUCAAGCCUUGUUGCAUUCAUUUGCAGGGUCAUUUUUACAUUGUAAAUUACAUUAAACGCAUCGGAUGAACGCAUCGGAUGUUGUAUAUGUGAUCAGAUAAAACUUUACUGUCUGAAUAUAUCCUUUGGAUACAACUAGAGCUGCUUCUGACGCAACACGGAACGUUAAAUGCAUCGCUGUGUGUUGGAUUUUAAUACUGAUACCAAUUGCAGGUCUGCAAGGGCCAGAUUUAAGAUUCCUUCAUAGGAACUGAGUCUAAGAUGAAGUUAUGGGAUGUUUUGGCCACGUGUUUGUUGCUCCUGAGCUCCGUCUCCACACGCCCCCUCUACCAAAACCUUCAGCCUGCCAAAAGAGCUCACUACUCGGAUCGGUACAGUGAUUCUCUGUCCCCGUCUGUGGAGGAACCAGAGCCAGAGUUCCAGUCGGAGUCUCACAGCCUGCAAGAGAUUUCCAUGGAGGACAAAUAUGACAUCACAGGCCCAUAUCCGGACCAGUUUGAGGAUGUAAUGGAUUUUAUCAAGGCUACCAUUGGCAGACUGAGAAGAUCAUCAGAGCCUGCCGGCGGCUCAAAGGGAAGGAGGGAGCAGAGAGAGCAGGGGAGACAGAGAGGAGCAUCAAACACAGACCGAAGAGGGGGAGGGAGAGGAGAGGGGAGAGGAGGACGUGAGGAGAAGAAGGGUCGGGGGCGAGGGGGCAAAGGGAGGAGCAGUGAAAGAGGGGAGCAGCGGAUAAAGCCGGUUGAAGGCCGAGGCUGCUUGCUAAAAGAGGUCCAUCUCAAUGUCACAGACUUAGGGUUGGGCUACCGGACCAAAGAGGAACUGAUCUUCCGGUACUGCAGCGGCCCUUGUUCAGAUGCAGAAACCAACUAUGACAAAAUCCUCAACAACCUCACCCACAACAAGAAGCUGGUCAAGGACACACCCUCCCGCACCUGCUGUCGACCAAUCACGUUUGACGAUGAUCUGUCAUUCCUGGAUGACAACAACGAGGACUACCACAUUCUGCGGAAGCAUUCCGCCCGCAAAUGUGGCUGUGUCUGACUCUGGGAGAGACGAAUGAAAGAAAGGCUGACAGACAGAAAGGAGAAGGAGCAGUAACAUAAAGCCUCUCAGAGGCUGGUACUGCCUCUUGGAAUGAAGGAACACAUGGGAAAAGAAGGGAACAUGAGACGGAUACAGUCCACUUCAGUGGUGUCUUAGGAACCAUGGACAGGAUUAGCAUGUCCUAUGUCCCACUCCUGAGAGGCUGCUGUGGGGUGAACAGGGAUGGUGUGGUCCCCAAACCUCCAGUAAUUAGGCUGAUUCAGAGCCCAGAUCAGGUCACAGGGUAGAAGGGACUCUAUGCUAUAAUUACAUAGAAUUUAAAUUACUUAGAAAUUCAGCGUAACGGUCUUUAAAAGAGACGUUGAGAAUUCAGCUCAGUAUUCACUUCAUGAUUGGAUCACGUUCUUGGACGCCUACAGGGGGAUACGCUCUCAUUUCCCUGUGGACCCAUGCUGUUACACUCACAGGCUUGCCUGCAAUGGAGCUGCUGAGACGGAAUCAGAGGAAUUCAGGAUAUUGUUCCUGAAAAACGUCUAUUUUUCCAUAGUCAGAUCAUGAGGAAUACAAUGAGAGCAGAACUCUUCUUGACGAGUAUUUCCAGCUGCAGUCCAGAGUGUUCUGGUUUCACUGCACAGACUGGAGCUUAACGUUUACAUUCACAAUGAACGAGGAACCUGUUGACUGGUUUAGUCCUAUAGCAAAGAGACACACAGUCUGGUACCACACAUCGAUGUAAAAUCCAAGAUAUUUAGAAUUUAUAUAUAUAUAUAUAUAUAUAUAUAUAUAUGUAUAUACACACACACAAGAUGUAUUUAUUAAGAUUGAAUUAACUUAUUGUUAUUUAUUGCAGUCCAUUUUAUGAAAGAAAUGUUUGUUUUUCUUAUUUAUUUGAGCUCUGUUUUGUCCCGGAUGGUACCAAAGUUGAGCAUGUGUUUUUUAAGUAGAAUCAGAUUGUGCUGAAACAACCAGAUUCAAGGUGCAGCCAUAACUAAUCAAACUCAUCCUUCAGUUUCAAAAUGCUGUACAGUUUAUAUCUGUAAUCCAUGGUAGUUAAUCCUAAACCCAUUGCCGAUUCCAAAACAUCAUAGAUUUAUGAGAAUAACAGAAGGUAUCGAUUUAGAGAGGGGGCGCAGAAAGAAAGAGACAGGGUGGAGCGGACCAAUUCCAAACUUUUUCAAAACUUAAAAAUCUUAUCUCUGCUUUCGAUCCUUUUGAAUGAUGCCAGGUUUGAGCGAUUUUGACAGUGUUCCUCAUUUGUCACUAAUGGAAAGCAGAGAGGGCCGAGCAGCCUGGGACGUUAGGGGCUGAGGGCCUGGGAGACACCAGUCAGCUGCUCCUCACUCCUCACGCUAACCAAGUAGAUGGAUAAACAAGACUACUGCCAAAAUCUUGGCAUGCCAUUAUCGGUUUACAAAGGAACAUACAAAGCCUGCAUUCAUUGUUUAUUUUCUAGGCAUAAAGUCGUACUGCCAGUGGUUAUCCCGGAGAGCUGUGUAGCUUUCCUUACAAUGAUACUCUCCACAUUAAUUCAAGACAUCCUCUUUUUUUAUAGACAGAAUAACAAAAUGACCUCAUUGCUAGAGAAGUGGUGCAGGACAGGUUGGAUAUGUCCAGCCUUCAGGCCCACUGCUUUCAGUUCACUUACAUUCUCUUUCUAUCACACCAUUUGCAAAGUAAUGUGUUACUAAACGCUUUACAAAAUGCUACAUAAAAGCUAGCCAGGAGUGAUGGUAGCACAGAAAAUCUCUGAUAUCAUAGAAGCAGUCAGUAAAAACCUUGACACUAGACUGUGGAAAAGGGACCCACUGUCCUUUGGCCAUCACAGUGCAGAAGUUGAUGGUAUGCAUGUACACUUGGCUGCCAGGGUCUGUUACCCUCAACCCUUCAGCCUGGUCCUGGCUCUACACCAAGUCUGGGCACAAACUUCAUCGUGGUUACUGUCCCUGUAGGAUUUAGCGUUCCUGGGAGUGUCUCUGUCUCUGUGGUCUCUGCUUUGAGAGACACACCGGUUUUUCUUACUGAUCUGGGCUUUGAAAACAAUCCUCUAACAUGCAGCUUAGCCCACUACUCCCACUGGAACACCAGUGCUUAAGACCAUUUAAGGGCGAUCUUGGCUCUGCCUCUCUUAGCCAAACCGACACACUCUCCCCUACAUAUUUAUUUGGACAGUGAAGCUUAAACUUUUUAUUUGGGUCUAUACUCCAGCAUUUUCAAUUUGAGAUAAAAUAUUUCAUAUGAGGUGACAGUACAGAAUGUCACCUUUUAUUUUAGGGUAUUUUCCGACAUUCUGUUUAUCCGUUUAAAAAUUAAAGCGCUAUGUAUCUAGUCCCCCCAUUUGAAGGUGUCAUAAAUAUUUGGACAGAAUCACAUAUGUGUAUUAAAGUGGUCAGAAAUGUUGUAUUUGGUCCCAUAUUACUAGCACACAAUGAGAAAGUUAGAGAUACAAAUGUCAUACCUCCAAGACAUGCGAACCUCUCAUCUUUACCAACAGAGGAGGUUAGCAUUUUUUGGGGGGGUAUGACAUUUAUGUCUAACUUUCUCACUCAUCCUUAUUCACGAUUCAUUCAUGAUUAUCCGUAAUCAUUGCUAGAAACCACAUUAAUGCAGAUGUGUUCCCGAAACACAUUAUAUUCUUAUUUACAAUAAAAGUGACUCCAAAAUUACACAAUACAUGAUUUACUAUUGGGAAAAACAUAAUCCGUAACAAAACCAAAACAAAUGCAUCCAACACGUUUGUAGAGUCACAAACUUGAUAGGAAUAUGGGAACAAAUACUACACUUUUGACUACUUUAAUACACUAAAAGUGAAAAUAUAUAAAUCUUCAAGUGUGGGGAGGGGGGGGACUACUUACAAAGUAAUUUAAUUUCUAAACGGUAAAACAGAUAUGUAUGAAUAUACCCUCAAAUAAAAGGUGACAUUUGGCACUCUCACUUCAUCUGAAACAUUUGAUCUCAAAUCCCAAAUGCUGGAGUAUAGGGACAAAUGUACAGAUUAUUUAGAUUCACUGUCCAAAUAAAUACGUAAGGAAAUGUACAUCUUAAGACCAGACAGUACAACAAAAAGAGAGACAGACAGUACAACAAAAAGAGAGACAGACAGUGUUUGUGACAUCAGGGGAGCACCGGGUAACCAGACAUUCAGUGUGAGCAUUAUACAGCAUACAGUAUACACUCACCCAACACAACUACUAAACAGAAAGGAACACUGACAGAGGAUUCUUUAAGAGCAUAAUAUUACUGCUAUGCCUUUGUCCCAUUAUCAUAGAGAGGAGCUUCUGAGGGAAACAGAGAGAGAGGGAGACCCAGGACCUGAUGAAGGGCAUGGAUUAUGGACCAGAGUACCUGUGCUCACCCAACUGCAUCAAAGACAGCUUUAGUCUCUUAAUCCACCCUGCACACAGAACAAAUCCACGGCAUCAAGCUGAAAUUUAGGCCAAAUACUGUCAGAGAAAAAUCUACCAUUUUAUCACAGCACACUUUUCAUUUGGACCAUCUUCCCCUUUAAUAUCGGAUUUCUGUGUAAGUCUUCUGGAGACAACCUAGCAGCCUCUUGGGCCCUUACCCUUCUGCACAAUAUUUUAAAGUGUGUGUGAACUAACUGACUGACCCCUCUGUCUUAUGGUUGUUUGCUCAACAGUCAGUGAUCUUUUCCUGUGUGUUCAUAACUCCGCCAGUUAUUCUGUGAAGAUAAACAUGCUAAGUGUACAAACACCAGGCAGGCAGAAAAAAUUGCAUUAUUUGUUUUCAGACCUAUGUUUGUGUCGUUAUUGCCUCUGUGAAAGAAAAGGUGUAAUGUCUCACUUGUUUUGUGUUACUCAACCAAAGCUCUCAAGAAAUUUUAUUUUUGUACAAUAUUUUAUAACUUUUUACAGAAUUAAACUUGU